GGCCCCUGUCGAUGUGGAGGAGCUGACGGUGGAGGAGGCACCUGUCAAUGUGGUGGAGGAGGAGAUGGUGGUGGAGGAGGCCCCUGUCGAUGUGGAGGAGCUGACGGUGGAGGAGGCACCUGUCAAUGUGGUGGAGGAGGAGGUGGUGGAGGAAGCCCCCUGUCGAUGUGGUGGAGGAGGAGGUGGUGAUGGAGGAGGCUCAUGUUGGUGUGGAUGAGCUGACGGUGGAGGAGGCCCCUGUCGAUGUGGUGGUGGAGGAGGAGGUGGUGAUGGAGGAGGCCCAUGUUGGUGUGGAUGAGCUGACGGUGGAGGAGGCCCCUGUCGAUGUGGUGGAGGAGGAGGUGGUGAUGGAGGAGGCCCAUGUUGUUGUGGAUGAGGUGACGGUGGAGGAAGCCCCUGUCGAUGUGGAGGAGGUGACUGUGAAGGAGGCCCACGUUGGUGUGGAGGAGGUGAAGGUGGAGGAGGCCCAUGUUGGUGUGGAGGAGGUGACGGUGGAGGAGGCCCCUGUCGAUGUGGAGGAGGUGACGGUGGAGGAGAUGUCUUCAGGAGAGCCUGCACCGUCAAAAACCAACACAGAACAUCAGGCACCAGGCCCGACACUGAGGGACCGCUCCCACAUUGAGGACACGCUGCGAUUGGCUACUUCCGAACCCUCAACAGAGCUCUCAGCUUCUAUGAAGAAGCUGCUGAACAUCUACCACACUGCCAUCAAGCCAAUGGAGCAGGCCUACAAGUACAACGAGCUCAGGCAGCAUGAAGUCACAGAUGGAGAGAUCACCUCCAAGCCCAUGGUUCUGUUCCUGGGACCAUGGAGUGUCGGCAAGUCCUCCAUGAUCAACUACCUGCUGGGUCUUCACGGCACCUCACAGGAACUCUACACAGGUGCGGAGCCCACUACCUCAGAGUACACCGUCAUAAUGAACGGUGAGAAGUUUCGGUCCAUAGAGGGCAUCGUCAUGGCAGCAGACAGCUCCAGGUCCUUCUCUCCCCUGGAGAAGUUUGGCCAAGGCUUCCUGGAGCGGCUGGUGGGCAUCGAGAUGCCCCACAAGCUGCUGGAGAGGGUCACCUUUGUCGACACGCCCGGCGUCAUUGAAAACCGCAAGCAGCAGGAGAGAGGUUACCCCUACAACGAGGUGUGCCAGUGGUUCAUCGAUCGAGCGGAUCUGAUCUUCCAGGUGUUCGACCCCACCAAGCUGGACGUGGGCGGGGAGCUGGAGAUGCUGUUCAGGCAGAUGAAGGGCCGCGAGUCCCAGAUUCGCCUCAUCCUCAACAAAGCCGACAGUCUUUCCACCCAGAACCUGAUGAGGGUCUACGGGGCCCUGUUCUGGAGCAUGGCGCCCCUCAUCAACGUCACAGAGCCCCCUCGGGUGUACGUCAGCUCCUUCUGGCCUCAGGACUACGCCGCGGACACCAGCCGAGAGCUGUUCAUGAAGGAGGAGACCUCUCUGCUGGAGGACCUCAACCAGGUGAUUGAGAACCAAAUGGAGAACAAGAUUGCGUUCAUCCGCCAGCAUGGCAUCCGCGUGCGCAUCCACGCCCUGCUGGUCGACCGCUACCUCCAGACCUACUACGACAAGCUGGGCUGGUUCAGCGACCCCUCCGAGGUGUUCCGAGACAUCGUGGACGACCCGGACAAGUACUACAUCUUCAAAUCCAUCCUGGCCAAAACCAACGUGAGCAAGUUCGACCUGCCCAACAAGGAGGCCUACCAGGACUUCUUUGGCGUGAACCCGGUUUCCAGCUUCAAGCAGCUCUCCUCCCACUGCAGCUGGACCGGCGGCUGCCUACUGGAGAAGAUCGAGAGGGCCAUCUCGCACGAGCUCCCGGCCCUGCUCGGCAGCGUCAGCAGGGCCGCGGACGCGCCGGCACCGGCGAAGGCCGCACCGCCACCUCCGCCGCCGCUCCCCGGCACCUGCGAGGGUCCCGGGUGCCAGGAGAAACCCAAGAACCGCUGGAGGAGUCAGUGAGACGGAGGAGGAGGAGGAGGAACAGAGGAGGCAGAUGGCGGCAGCAACAAGAGGGCUUCCUGAAAUGAUCCUCACCGCUGAGGUUUUUCAGAACUGGGUACGGAGCGACUGAGUCGGAACAUGUGCAACGAUGUACCAAGCAGACCUGUGUUCGUUUUUACUACAGUUGGAAAUCAACUUUCCAUCGGACGCCUUUCCGAGCUGCAGGAAUUGUCUGCAAGAGAAACAUCCGAGUCGUCGUUAUGCUACGUAGCCUUGUAACCGUUCAUGUAAAUGAAAUCUGAGACUGACCUUUUCUGGUUUCCUCACGCGGUUCAAGUUUGUACAUUAUUUAUUAAUUGAAGUUUUCUGCUUCAGAGAAAGAUGCCGGCAGCGAUUGCUCCUCCAAUGUAGUGCAGUUAAAUUCAAACCGCUGUGCUGUGUUUUUACUGUAAACCGUUGUUAUUGCGUCUGGAAGCUUAUUUUCAAUGGUGACACAACGAAGUAGAAAGGAGGGUUUUCUCUUAGUGUUCUAUUGAGCAUGGACUCAACCACGUUUGAUCGCUGUACUGUGAUGUACUGUUGGAUACUGUAUUGUCCUCUCUCUAUUAUUACGGAAGCACAUUUUAUUUCAAAAUACGUCGGUGCUGCACUAGGAUUGAUUUGACUGAAUGCAACAACAUCAGUUAAUCGUAGCUUUCCGUUCAUCUGCGCUUGUAUUUAAUGCUUUGUCAGCCCUCUGAACUGUCUUACCUCAACAUGGGUGCAUUUCCUUUAAAAAUGUAAUGUCAUUAUUCCUUUAGGUUUGUCUGUACUUGUCAUCCUUUUGAGUAAACAACUAAAUUAAAAAACUACACACUUGG